UCACGGUAGAUCAAAUGAGCAUCUCUGGCGGAUGGCGUCCGGUGGUUAUGGGACCGCACUCGGCACCAGUACCGACCUUCGUGGGGGCCCCAGGAUGGUCCCGUGUCUAGAUGGACAGCCAAUGGGAUCCUCCUCUUUUUGGCUCCACCACUUGACCCUUUUAGUUCCCCGGAGCCUCAGGAUGUUUGGAGAAGUUAGAAAUGGCGGUCUUCCUGCGUCCAAGCUCGGCAGCGACGGCGUCGCCCGAGGCAGCUCAACCAUCCCGGUUUGGUCAAAGAGAGAAAGCUUUUUGCCUUUGCCAUCAGAAGAUGAUGACGGUGUGAAUGCCUGACACUAAAUCACAUUCAAGGCUGCAAUCUUAAACGGCCUAUUUCACUUGAAUGCAUCUUUUGCAAUCAAUGCUUUACAUUUCUUCUUUUUGCGUUUUGAAGCUCUACUUAGAACCUCCUGGGGCAACCAAAGUUGCACCCACGCAGCACGUGAACCUUCCUGGUAAUCUGUGGGUGAAGACUUGCCUUACCUGCAGCCAGCUGCAUCCACCCGCAGAUCUUGUAGACGGUGCCGGUGCCGCAGAAGAAGAAGAGGACGAAGCAUCCGAUGCAGCCGAGCACCAGCGCCAUGGACAUGCCGAUGAAGAAGGAGGCGGCCUUGAACGCACCGGAAGGGAUGCUGGCGAACUCUGUGAAGCUGCCCCGGCACGUCAGGUCCCGGGACAGGCCGCUGCCGAUGCAGUAGUGGAAGAGGCCGAAGUAGCCCGCCUGCGGGGUGUCUGCGCCGUCCCCGAUCCAGUAGGGCUGGAUGAAGCACACCACGUUGACGAUGGCGAAGAGGAUGGUGAAGAUGGCCCACAGGACGCCGAUGGCGCGGGAGUUACGCACGUAGUUGGUCUGGUAAAUCUUGGCUGCCUCCGAGGCGGGGAGCAUGGCGGUGCCGGGGAUCGGAGCCCCCGGGACCAUCCUCCGGGCUCGACGGAUGGGGGGGAAAAAGCUCGAAUGUGCCGCUUCUAUUUGACACUCUCUACUCCUUUCAGUCCAAAUCCCAGCACCGCGUCCCUGUCGCCUCCACGGAAGCGUCACGAUGCUUUCCUCUCAUGCCUGUGCAAAAAAGCGACGCGAAUCCGGACAGGAUCCACCGUGAAAUAUUUCCCCGAGCAGAGUCCAGAGAUGUGUGCUCGACGCUUGCACCGCACGCAGCCGUGGAUAAUUCAGGGCUAACCCACAUCCCUUAAUCCCUGUCUGACGUAGCCUACACUGCGCGCGGGUGCUUGUGUGUCUGCGUGUGCGUGGCUUGAUCAAGCACGCAAUUGCAUCUGCAGUGCAAAAGUCAACGUGUAUUUGAUUUAUAUAUUAUUAUAUUUUACACGACUUAAUACACACAACGAAUAUAAUGAUUAAAAAAAUAUUUAUGUAUUUAUUAAUUUAUUUAACCAAACAGCACCGUUGCUUUUCCAAGAAUACUAAAUCGCCAUAAAAACACCAUUACCCGUGAGUCUUUGAGAACAAUGCUUCACUGUGAUUGGCCGGUUUCACCACGUGGUUUGUGAGGUCAUGAAGAACCGCGAAACUCUUUUGCCAACUCUGACUGUUAAGCUAGCUGAGUCAUUGCUCACAUUUUGUCGAUUAUCUAAAUGUUGUUACCAGUGUUAAAUUAGCGACAUGUCACCGCGUCUUUGUUGUCGAACGGACUAAUAAUUAACUAACUCACUAACUAAUAGUUAAUAAUUCCCAGUUUUGUUCGCUUUUGUGCUCAACUUCCGGUGAAGUUAAAGCACUCGAAGAGCUGACGGCUAGCUAAUAAAGCAAGCUAGCAUGUUCGAGGUGUCUUUCUAAGUGUUUCUAAACUAGCUUAAAAGGGGGGACACCUUCAUGGCGUCGUUGCUGCAACAGCCGGGCUACGAGGAGGACAGGCUGCGGAGGGUGGCCGAGCAGAUACCCGGCAGAGAGCUUCAGGCCGGGAUGUUGCUGUCGCUUUUGGGGGAGCCACAGCACUACAGCUUCCCUUCAAUCUUCAUCUACGGUCAUCGAGCCUCUGGGAAGAGUCAUGUUGUCAACAUCCUACUUAGGGAGCUGGAGUUGCCUCACGCUAGUAUCAGCUGCGUCGAGUGCAUUUCCAUCGCCCUGCUCUUUGAAGAAGUGCUGCUGACCUUCUUUGGGCGAGACGCCGCUGCCGCGCUCCCAAGGAGCCCGUCGUUAUCCGACUUCGUCCGCAUCUACAAGCAGCACGGCUCCCGGUUCGCCGCCACAGAGACGCGGUACAUCGUGGUGGAAAAAGCUGAAAUGCUACGAGACAUGGACGCUAAUCUCCUCCCGGCUCUCCUGCGUCUUCAGGAACUGGUGGAGGACAACGUGAGCAUCAUCCUGCUCAGUGAGAUAGCGUGGGACACGUUCAGGCCGAGCACGGGCUGCUUCGAGCCUCUUCUGCUCCACUUCCCCGACUACAGCAAAGCUGAGCUGCACCAGAUCUUGUCCCAGGACCGACAUCCAUCCUAUUCCGCUGACUUCUACUCCUCCUACAUCAACAUCCUGCUGGGUGUCUUCUACGCAGUCUGUCGGGACCUCCGAGAGCUGCGCCACCUGGCUGCGCUCAACUUUUCCAAGUUUUGCGAGCCUCUGUCCGAAGGGAAAGUGAAAGAGAGCGACACCCACAAGCUGUGGCGAAACAUCGAGCCUCACUUGAAGAAGGCCAUGCAGACGGUCUACCUGCGUGAGGUGUCCAGCCUCCAGUGGGAGGAGAUGCAAUUGGAGACCGAAGCCGGGCCUGUGAGAGGCUUGUCGGCGCACACGCACGUGGAACUGCCUUAUUACUCCAAGUUCCUGCUGAUCGCCGCCUACCUGGCGUCCUACAACCCCGCCCGCACCGACAAGCGCUUCUUCGUCAAGCACCACGGCAAAAUAAGAAAAGCCAAACACUUCCUGAAGAAGAACGAGAAGACCAGCAACCACCUGCUGGGACCCAAGCCGUUCCCUCUCGACCGCCUCCUCGCCAUUUUCUACAGCGUGGUGGACAGCAGGGUGGCACCCACCGCCAGCAUCUUCUCUCAGAUCUCCUCCCUGGUGACCUUACAGCUGUUGACUCAGGUCAGCCAUGACGAGCAGCUGGACGCCCCCAAGUACAAAUGUGCCGUCUCCAUGGAUUUCAUCUGUGCUGUAUCCAAGACGGUCAACUUUGACAUUAUCAAGUAUCUCUAUGACUUCAUAUGAGGCACUCCAUCUCUUCAUGGACGCUCUGAUUGGAUUAUAAUAGACACAGUUAUGUUGCUGCCACCUUGUGGUCAUGGUGGAAUAAAUCACUCAACAUGCACGGGGUUGGGAUUGGCCUCCGU